AUGGUCACUGACCUGAACGGAAAGAUAGACGUGAUCUACAGAGAGCUAAUGAGAAAUUUCGACUCUCUAAGUGAACACACUAAGAGAUUGGACAGUCAAAUCGCAAAAAACGCGAUCGCCAUCAAAAGAGAGGCAGGAUGUCUCCCUGUGCGAAAUGACGCGAAUUCAAAACGUCAAAUUAAUGAUGUGUUACUGAGAAGCGGACGAAGCCUCAACCCGAGCACAAUAGAGAUCAACCAAGCUGAAAAACAUGUUGACGUUGAGAGACCUGGGGAAAAUAGGUCACGACCAAUAAUCCUCGAUAAUCCCAACCCCGAGUCUGAAACACCUCGGGAAAGUGAGCGGUCCAACACCGAGGAUGCAGCCAUUGAUCUCGAAGAGGAAGAACAGGAAUUAGAAGAAGAGCUAGAAAUCGAUCGACAAGAAGGAACUAACGUCGAUCGACCCACUGCAGAAAAUAUCGAUCGACAAACUGAAAGUAAUAUCGAUCGACGCUCAACUCUUGCUGAACCGGCCUUAGAGAGAGUGUAUAAGACUCUACCGCCCUUUCCUCCUAAAAAGAUGCAAACUAAGCGAGAAUUAGAUAAGGCGAUCUGUAAGAAAGCAUUCGAUAAAAUCACGUUGGAAAUGCCAUUGAGUGAUGCCAUAAAAGUUUCGUCUUCAAUAAAGAAAUAUGUAAAAGAUAUGGUAUCCAACAGCUUCCCAGGUACUGAACACAACGUCAUGAUGGUUUCAGAGGAAGUAAGUGCAAUAAUCCAAGGAGAAACCCCGGUUAAGAGACCUGAUACGGGCAGUUUUGUUCUAGAUUGCAAUAUACGACACAAGAGCUUUCCUCGCUCCCUCUGUGAUUUAGGUUCCAGCGUGAACCUUAUGCCGCAUCCUGUCGCGAUAUCCCUGGAAUACGACAAGUUCAAGCCUACCAAAUUAACUUUCGUUCUUGCCGACAGAUCCGUUAGGAUACCUGAGGGAGUACUUCAUGACGUGCCAAUAAAGAUUAACAACUGCCACGUACCUACGGAUUUCGUUGUACUGAGAUACCAAAAUGAACCGAAAGAUCCCUUCAUUUUAGGUAGACCAUUCCUAGCUACAGCUGGUGCGAUCAUCGAUGUCAAGGAAGGUAGGAUAUCUCUAAACAUUGGAAACAUUUCGAUGACCUUCGACAUGGAAAAGCUGAUUAGACGACCCUUGAUCGAUAAACAAACCCCAUACAUGGAUGAUAUCUCUGAGUUGGCUGAAGAAUCUUUCAUAGAUUUGUGCUCAUAUGAUCCCCUAGAUAAAGUACUUACGUCCAGUGAAGAAGAGACAUUUAGUGUUGACAUCAGAGCUGAGGAAUGCACAUGA